UUUAUUUUUAAAUGCAGCACCGGAAGUGUGCCAAAUUUUCGUCUGGCUUGAUGGUGGUUGUAGCUGUGCGGUCCUGUGACAAUUUUCAUUGGAACUUGUGAGGCCAGGAAAUACGGAUGUUUCCUGCUUCUGCCAGUUGACAGUCGCCCGUGGGCAGCAAGGAAAUGCACUUUCAUUGUGGGGGUCUGGAGGCGUUUGUCCCGAUUAUAACGGGCUAAAUGUUGGGUUUACGGACAGUUUAAAUGUUCGGCGAAACAUCCACACUGGAACUAACGUUACGACAAUAGAUGUAACCGCAUCAAAGAACUGUAAGCCCUUAAGAUGGAGAAGCGGUCCAGUCUCCCCAGUGUCAGCAUACCUUGCCACGAUGAGCAGAGGGACAAGAACAAGCGUUUCACAGUUUACAAAGUGAUGGUCUCUGUUGGACGGCAGGAAUGGUUUGUCUUCAGGCGAUAUGCAGAGUUUGAUAAGCUUUACAAUACAUUAAAGAAACGCUUUCCAUCUAUGAACUUGAAAAUUCCAGCCAAGAGGAUUUUUGGGGAUAAUUUUGACCCUGAAUUCCUCAAGCAAAGAAGAGCAGGCUUACAUGAAUUCAUCAAACGAAUUGUGUCACAUCCUCAGCUUUGCACCCAUCCAGAUGUGAGGACCUUUCUACAUAUGGACAUAAUGCAGAGCUGUUUAGAUGCAUCUGAUGAUGAAGAUGACAAAAGCAAUUCUACCUCCGGUGACAUUAACCUGGGACCCUCUGGAAAUCCACAUGCCAAGCCCACAGACUUUGACUUUUUAAAAGUCAUAGGAAAGGGGAGUUUUGGAAAGGUUUUCCUUGCAAAACAAAAGCAAGAUGCAAAGUAUUAUGCAGUCAAAGUCUUGCAGAAAAAGGUCAUUAUAAACAGAAAAGAGCAAAAACACAUCAUGGCAGAGCGCAAUGUACUGCUGAAGAAUGUGAAACACCCUUUCCUGGUUGGGCUUCAUUAUUCCUUUCAGACUGCAGACAAGUUAUACUUUGUUUUGGAUUUCAUCAAUGGAGGAGAACUGUUCUUCCACCUUCAAAAAGAACGGACCUUUCCAGAGCCCAGAGCAAAGUUCUACAUAGCUGAAAUGGCAAGUGCACUGGGAUAUCUGCACUCUCUCAAUAUUGUUUACAGAGACCUGAAACCAGAGAACAUCCUCCUUGACUAUGAAGGGCAUAUCGUCUUGACGGACUUUGGAUUGUGCAAGGAAGGCAUUUCCCGGACAGAUACCACCAAUACAUUUUGUGGAACACCUGAGUACUUGGCUCCAGAGGUCCUGAGAAAACAGCCGUAUGACAACACGGUAGACUGGUGGUGUCUGGGUUCAGUGCUUUAUGAGAUGCUCUUUGGCCUGCCACCAUUUUACAGCAGGGACACACAUGAGAUGUAUGACAACAUCCUCCAUAAGCCGCUGGCAAUGCGUAAUGGGGCUUCCAGCACAGCUUGGUCUCUCCUCCAGGGCCUGCUGGAGAAGGAUGGCAGAUGCAGGCUGGGGUCCACGGAUGACUUUAAUGAGAUCAAAGCACACAGCUUCUUUUCCACCAUCAAAUGGGAUGACCUUGAGCAAAAGAAGAUCCCUCCCCCAUUCACACCCAAACUGAGCUCUUUCAAUGAUAUUUCAAACUUCGAUCCCGAGUUCACAGAUGAGGUGGUCCCUGACUCUGUCUGUUGGUCUCAAGAACAUUCCAUAGUCAACGCCAGUGUAAUGGAGGCUGAUGAUGCCUUCGUGGGCUUCUCUUAUGCCCCGCCUUCUGAUGACUCUUUCCAAUGAGACAUUCACAAUGAAGUUCUCAAUUCCCUUAAACAUUGCAACUUCUUUUGAUUAAAGGGAAGAAAUUGAUGCCAUGGAUGAACUUGUUCUGUGAAGCCAAAGCAAGCAGCUGAGAGGAAACUGAGCAAAGCGUGGAACAAAGCGUGCCAGAAAAGUCUUUUUAAUCUAUUUGUAUUUAUGUAAAUAUAACAGAUAUUUUAAAGAAUGAAAGUCAGUUGUUUGCUAUUAAUGCAAUUUCUUAUUUUCUAAAGUGAGCAUUUAUAAAGCCUUAAUUCGACCCUUAAAUAAAAUCAGUAAGUAGUUUUCAGAAAAACCUGAGAAAUUCACCGGAUUUAAAAUUACACCAUUUGGCUGAAAGAUGGAAGUGUUUAUCUAGUUACUGUAAAGAUAAUCUCAUGUAUCCUAUUCCUAUGAACUAAAAUGGAAAUAUGGAUUACUUAAGAGACUAUUGAAUAGCAUCUUGGUUUAUAGGUCGCAUUUGUUGAAAACAAGUCCUCUAUAUCUUCAGUUACCUUUUAGUUUCUUUGCUAGUACUGUCUGUGUUUAUGCUGUUCUUUGCUUUAAGACAUUUAUUCGUAAUUGCAGUAAUUAAAAAUCCACAAGGCCUGUACUAAAAUUAAAAAAUGUCAUGAGUUGUCCAGUUUAUACAAUUCUAUACUUGUUAGGCUAUGUACAAUUUGUCAUCACUUCCUGAUCUUGCUGCUCUGAGUGGUUACUGUGGCAUGUCACAUGCAACAAAAAAUAUUAAGAGUAGUUAAACGCAGUCAUGCUAGACUAUACUAAAACCAAAGGCAUUGAUAAACAAAGCUCUGCUGGGGCACAGACCCUUCAUUAGUCAAAUCAACUUUCUUGAAACUACUGGUAAAAAGUUAAAAAUGUAGAGAUAUUAAUCUUUACAAAAAUAUUUCAUAGAUUAUCAACAUGUAAAGGUCUGGUCUUAUACAUUUCUUUGCAUUUUUCAAUAAGUAAUUUGUCAAACAGCCCCAGUUUGUCCAUCAACAAAUUGUGAAUUUAAAAGUAAUCAUGUUUUGUAACUGAAAGCCACAAAACAUGUCAAUUGUCCAAUUACUCUGAAAUUGUAUUGUGCAAUGGGUAGCGGGUGGUUACACACCUGUCUCCAUAGAGCUCCCUGCACACACCUCUUUCUUCACACUUUCCCUUCCUGCCUCAGGUUCACCAGUUUGUUAAAUGUCUAUAAAACAAACAUUUGGACCGUAUGACAAGAGCUUCAGACAUGUUGUAGGCAAUUCAUGAAAUGCAGAAUGAAGUCGAUUAACAUAGCCCACUACGUGUGAUGUACACAGCCCAUCCACUUUUAGGUACACUUGUACAAUUGUAUGCAUUUCAAGACAACACUUUCACCUUAACAUCUGGGUUUAUGAAGUACACCACCACCUUUAACAAUUGAAUUUAUACAUUUAAUUUCACCAGAAACAAACAUUGUGAUCUUCAUAAACAUGUUAAAAUUCCAAUCGUGUUAUUAAGACAACUCCUAGAGAAACUACCAGCAUACUGGUAUCUUUUUUUUUUUUUUUUUUUUUAAACAAUCUUGAUGUCUUGGUCUAUGAUGGCUAUAUGUAAAUAAGUAUACGCUAUGGUGGCAAAAUAAUCUUAGACAACCAGCAGGAACCCAGUGUUAAGGAUGACAUUUAAUAUUGCAUUUCUACUUAGGGCAAAUUUACCAGGCAAAGUUAACAUUCAAGCAAUUCAUGUUUUUGCCUUUUUGUCAUGAAAGAUAAACCAAAUAAGCCUGUUAAGUAGUGGGUCUACUGGUGUGAGGAGACUUCACGUUAUGAAAAUAGAUUCUGGGGCAAAGUUGUAGGUUUAUUCUAAAUAAAAUCAGCCUAUAUAAAUGACCUUAGCAGUUUGACUCUUGUUGCUCCUGAUUUCCUAGCUGUAUCCACUAGAGGGUGUUGGGACAUAAGCACAUAGCUUCUAUUGUUUUAAUGUUUGAGCCCAAACUCAUCUAUAGGGGAGCAACUAAUUAGGUUCAAUUUAGUUUUCUUAUUUAAUAGAUUAACUGAUCCAAAAGCCUUUUAAGAUCAACAGUCCAAAAUUGAAAGUUUGUCAACUGUUUAGUUCAUCAUUAAAGUGUAAGACAGAUGACACCUAGGGCAACUAUCAGAUUCCCAGUAGUAAAACAAUGACAAAGCAGCAGGAACCCAAUGUUAGAGAUGAUUUAAUGUAUUUACUCACAGCAAAUUUAACAGAAGACUCAGGAAAUGUUUUGUUUGUUUCUA